AUGGCAGCAAGAAAUGGAGUGGACAAAGAAUUCUACCACUGCCCCGGUUUCUGUAUACCAGGACAAAAACAUACUGGUAGAUACGGAACACCGCUGUACCGCAACGAGGUGCUGUUCAAAUCGGCCGCACUCAGCCACGUGUCUGCUGAGGCAGAUGUAGAGACAGUGGAUGAUAACCACCAACAUAGAAGGCAGUUGGAUGAUCCCAGAUCCGCCACUGCCGGCAUACCGAGAACCCCUAUUUUGGUGGAAAGCCCAUCGGAGCUCGAGGGCGACAACGCUAAGGCCGCUGUGGAAGUGUGUGCCGAUGUGGAGGAUGGGCAGAAAUUUCCAGAGCCUGCCGUUUCAGGUACUCCUGUCCAGGUCUGUGACGUGCCUCAGAAAGUUAUGGCAGUUGCAAAGAAGCUGACAUUUGACGUAUCUCCGUCACCGAGGAAAGUGAAAACAGCUGAAGUUACAUUGACGACCUGCAGUCGCACACCGCUGGCCCACGUCCCAGUGAAUAACCGAAGUGAUACUCCGACCGGACCGAACGGCAACCGCCACGGCCGACGGACUUCUGCGAAGGCGCAGGGGCCGAUGUCGCCACUGCAGUUGCUCCACGUGCGGCAACGCCUGGCCGUGAAGCGGGCGUUGCAGCUCACUCGCAGGAAAAUGGAGGCGGAGGAGGAGAACUGUCCGCCUGUAGCUGUCGAGGGUGCCCGCAGCGAGUUGGCAGCCCGGCCGAUAAAAAUUUCUGCACCUCCUACACUUGCUGCCAAGGAUAUGGCUCUUCGGUUUUGAUACUUACACUGUGGCAGCGGAAAGAUUCUUGUGAUACUUUGUGUUUAUUCUUCUUAUCAGUGUCUGUCUAACAUGAAAAUUCUAUUUUUUGUAUGUUAAGUGUUGUAAACUAGUGGGGAGUAUUGAGUAAUAGGAUGAUUGUAGUGCAAUAUUAUCAAAGUACUCAUAUAAAUAUAUACAAAAUAUUAAAGCACUAAGCAUGAAUGACUAUA